AUGGCACAGAAAAAGCCGGACGCCGGUAAGGCACAGAAAAAGCCGGACGCCGGACUGAAAGAUUCCAGGAACCGGUCGUCUGCUGUGGAUCAUGACUUCCUGGUACCAUGGCCGGCCUUCCUGCUACCUAAAGGUCAAAGUGCCACCAUAUCCACAGUGCCACCAUAUCCACAGUGCCACCAUAUCCACAGUGCCACCAUAUCCACAGUGCCACCAUAUCCACAGUGCCACAUUACCCAGAGCGCCACUAUAUCCACAGUGCCACCAUCUCCACAGUGCCACCAUCUCCACAGUUCCACCAUAUCUACAGUGCCACAUUACCCACAGUGCCACCAUAUCCACAGUGCCACCAUAUCCACAGUGCCACAUUACCCACAGUGCCACUAUAUCCACAGUUCCACCAUAUCCACAGUUCCACCAUAUCUACAGUGCCACAUUACCCACAGUUCCACCAUAUCCACAGUGCCACCAUAUCCACAGUUCCACCAUAUCCACAGUGCCACCAUCUCCACAGUUCCACCAUAUCCACAGUUCCACCAUAUCUACAGUGCCACCAUAUACACAGUGCCACCAUAUCCACAGUGCCACCAUAUCAACAGUGCCACCAUAUCCACAGUGCCACCAUAUCCACAGUGCCACCAUAUCCACAGUUCCACCAUAUCCACAGUGCCACCAUAUCCACAGUUCCACCAUAUCCACAGUGCCACCAUAUCCACAGUGCCACCAUAUCCACAGUUCCACGAUAUCCACAGUUCCACCAUAUCCACAGUUCCACCAUAUCCACAGUGCCACCAUAUCCACAGUGCCACCAUAUCCACAGUGCCACCAUAUCAACAGUGCCACCAUACCCACAGUGCCACUACACACACAGUGCCACCAUACACACAGUGCCACCAUAUCCACAGUUCCACCAUGUGCCACCAUAUCCACAGUGCCACCAUAUCCACAGUGCCAGCAUAUCCACAGUGGCACCAUAUCCACAGUUCCACCAUGUGCCACCAUAUCCACAGUGCCACCAUAUCCACAGUGCCACCAUAUCCACAGUGCCACCAUGUGCCACCAUAUCCACAGUGCCAGCAUAUCCACAGUGCCACCAUAUCCACAGUGCCACCAUGUGCCACCAUAUCCACAGUGCCACCAUAUCCACAGUUCCACCAUAUCCACAGUGCCACCAUAUCCACAGUUCCACCAUAUCCACAGUUCCACCAUAUCCACAGUGCCACCAUAUCCACAGUGCCACCAUAUCCACAGUGCCACCAUAUCAACAGUGCCACCAUACCCACAGUGCCACUACACACACAGUGCCACCAUACACACAGUGCCACCAUAUCCACAGUUCCACCAUGUGCCACCAUAUCCACAGUGCCACCAUAUCCACAGUGCCAGCAUAUCCACAGUGGCACCAUAUCCACAGUUCCACCAUGUGCCACCAUAUCCACAGUGCCACCAUAUCCACAGUGCCACCAUAUCCACAGUUCCACCAUGUGCCACCAUAUCCACAGUGCCAGCAUAUCCACAGUGCCAGCAUAUCCACAGUGCCAGCAUAUCCACAGUGCCACCAUAUCCACAGUGCCACCAUGUGCCACCAUAUCCACAGUGCCACCAUAUCCACAGUGCCACCAUAUCCACAGUGCCAGCAUAUCCACAGUGCCACCAUAUCCACAGUGCCACCAUGUGCCACCAUAUCCACAGUGCCAGCAUAUCCACAGUGGCACCAUAUCCACAGUGCCACCAUAUCCACAGUCCAUCCACAUACUACAGAUCGAUGUGUUGGUUCUAUCCAGUGCCCACAGACGUGAUAAAAUUCUCAGUGAAGUUGGACGCCAAAGGAUUAAGAUGAAAGCCGACGGAUUAAGAUGA